AGUCGCUGGGGGCAGCCUUGCGCCAGCACGGCCGGGCCCCCCUCCCAGGGCAGGUGGGAUGUCCAGAGAAUCUCUCCCUGGUCUGUGGGGGGGAAAUGGGGGUGUGGUCUGAGGCGACAAGGGCAGAGGAAACAUGCAAAAUACACUAUUAAUGGGAGAGUUUCGAUCCUACCUCACUGUCUGGAAUGGGAGCCCCUGGGGCACCUGUGGCCAGGCCGGUUUUUCCAAAGGUGACCAGAUGCUCCUGGGGCACAGCCUCUGGGACCUCAGGGAAUGGAGUGGUCCGGUGGACCCAGGUGCCUGGAGCUGCCUUCCUGAUUUGGCUGGUGGAAGCCCCUCCUCCAGGGAGCCCACCUGGCAGAGGCCGAGUGUCUACUGCCAACCUCACGGGCACCCACUGCAGGGUUCUGGGCUGGGCUGCCUGACCUUCCUGCUUUGCCAAGUGGCCUGGACAGUAGCACCUGCCUGGGACCUGGUGGGCACCUGUCUCCGUUUGGCUUAUGGGGACCCAGCUCAGAGAGGACCCUGGCUGUGUGCACAGUUGCCUUGGCACAGUGGCGCAACGCAGGGAGAAGUCAGGGCGCUGAGUCUGAAUCCAGGUUUCCCAGCCAGGGCAGAUGCCAUCUCACCCUGGCACCCGCUCCUUCCCCGACGGUCACUUGGCAAACCGCAGCCUGAGAGGGAUUGGCCUGUCGUCCCUCCCCUGCCUACGCCAAGGCUGCAAGACAAGGUGUCGGGAAAAUCCCAGAGCCCUACAGACCCAGCCUCAGUUAUCCUUGGAUGCAGAACAAACCACCAGGAUUGUAGCAGCUUGCACGAUGAUUUCUCAUUUCUCAGGGUCCUCUGGGUUGGGUCCCACGGCUGUGUGCACCUCGGGAUCAGUAUGGUGGCAGGGGGGCACAACUGGGUCUGGCCCUCCACCUGGUCUUCACGGGCACCUAUCCACAGCUGGGUUCCAGGAUCUCGGGAGCAGACCCAGAAGCUUCCUGUCCGAAACUCACAACCCUCUUUCCUCCCUGUCCACCUGCACAGCCCUGCCCCCUCCACCAUGUGUCCUGCGGCACGGCCAGGCCAGCACCUCUCUCCACCUUCACCUCUCUCCCCUCCUGGUCCUCCCGGGGCCUGCCCCCGCCCCCAGCUUGAAACAGUCAUCCCUGGGGACUCAGGAUUGCUCCCCAAGGCACCCCUUUCUUCAUUUCUUGGCACCACACACCACACAGCCGUUGGCCCUGCGGCCCCUCCCUUGAUCCGGAAGCAUGCUCUCUCCAGAGCUGGAGGUCUCCGUGCUGUCUGGGUCGUCAUCUUUUCUGCAACUCUUGGACCCUCCCUCCAUCCCGAGAACACACCUUAAAUAAGCACGGUGCCCACGUGACGUUUCCAAUGUUCAUCCGCAGAUGACACAGGAAGCGUGGUCUAGGCACACCGUGGAACAUCACUCAACUGUAGAAAGGGGGCGCUGAUGCACGCCACAGUGUGGGUGAACCCAGAAGCACGACGCGGAGACACGGAAGCCAGGCGCAAAGGGUCGCGGCGUGUGAUUCCACUCGCAGGAAACGCCCAGGACAGUGGAUGUGCCGUGUGCCUGCACCUGGCACCCUCCCGGGCUCUGCCCACUCUGGGGUGUGCACCCCUGAGCUCUGGAGCAGGGGCAGACAAACACUGCAAAGGACGGGACGGUAAAUGCUUUGGGCCUCACAGACCAUACAUGAGUCUGUCACAAAUCCGCUGCCACCGCGGAGCAAAUUCCAGCACAGACAACGAGGAAACGGACGAGCGUGGCCGUACUCCAGCAAAGCUUGAUGUGUGGACACAGAAAUGUGAAUUCCAGAUCAUGUUCAUGUGUCACAACAUUUGAUUUUUUUAUUGUGGU